UCGCUGACAUAUUGACCAACAGCUGUCAUUGGAAUUUGCGCUUUAUAAUAUCCCGCGUUCCCUUGCUUACCGUCCGAAUUCUAUUGAGAGUCAUAUCGCCAUUGUAAUUGUGUAGUAUUGUUUGUUUCUAGUUCAUCAAAUCAAUUUUAAGCGAAAUACCUAGAGAAAAUUUUAAUUCUCCUGUUUUUGUAGACGUGUUAUUUUAUAAAGAUAACCAUAAUGGAUAACCUUCCCAAAGAGUCGGACGCCUUAAAAAUCAAAAAAACGGACGCCCUCUUGACCAUCCUCCAGAUGCCCAUGAUCAAGUACAUGAUGCGGCACUUCUACCGGUCGCCGCAACUGGCGGACGCCGAUGUGGGCACGUUCCGGAAGUACGUGCACAAAAACGAUCCGUUCGAAAUGGAACCGGUUACGUUUGACUCGCCCAAAAGCAAUGUAAGGUCCAUAGCGGCAAGUAAGCAGGCCAAAGUGUUCUACGCGCAAAGGAACUACCCCCACGCGCUGGAGAAAUUCAACGAGGCCAUUUGCUGGGCGGAGGGGACGGAUUCGGAACAUCUGGCGCUCUGUUACGCAAAUCGAUCGGUAAUUUACUACGACGUCAAAGAGUACGAAUUCUGUUUGGCCAAUAUUGCCCUCGCUAAGAAGCACAACUAUCCACGGAAAAGUUUGCAGAAGUUGCUCAACAGGGAAGCGUCAUGCAAGCAAAAAAUUGCGAAAGGACUUUCCCAGUUGGCAUUGGUGUGCCCUUCGCUAGCCAUGGAUGAUAAGAUUCGUCAUCCAACGCGACCUUUCAUGGCUGAUGAAAUUAUUCAGAAAGAACUGCCUGGCUAUGGUCGAGGUUUGGUAGCCGAGCGUGACUUCAAGGUUGGCGAGGUAAUCCUGCAGGAGAAAGCCUGGCUGGCCACGAACAGUGCCGGAUCCAAAUACACCAACUGUAACCACUGCUCGGUGGACAACUUCCGGAGUUUGAUUCCGUGCCCGAAAUGUGUAUCGGUCAUGUACUGCAGCGAGAAGUGCCUGAACGAGGGUUGGAAGUAUAGCCAUCGGUUCGAGUGCGGAAUCAGCGACAAAAUACAUCACAUGUCUCACGACAAAUGCCGAUAUCUGAUGGGGGUGAGGACAUUCUUCUACGGAUUGACUCUGUUCAAGGAUGAUCUGGAUGAAAUGAUGAAAUUCUGCGAAACUAACGGCCGAACGGGAGCCGAUCCGCUAAAUUUGGACUACACCAACCUUGAUCCGCUGGAGGAAUUCAAAAUUUUCCACAAAACCAAACGUCCGAUUGGUUUAUCUUCGCACGAUGAAAUAUUGCGCCUCUAUGCAGCCGUUUAUCACGCGGUCUACUGCAGGAACCCACGAGUUCGGUCAAUCAUCAAAAACGACAAUCACAAAGACUUCAUGCUUCGCACCAUCUUGGACUAUAUGCGCAUGAUCGAUUUUUUGGUCAUUCACAACCGUCAACGCUUCAGCAACCAUCUCUUCACGAUCGCAUCGGUUUGCAAUCACUCGUGCGAUCCUAACGUGAUUUCCGUCAUCUACUACGGUCUACUGAAGUUCAUCGUCAUUCGUCCAAUACCGGCCGGUCAGCAGAUUCUGAUAUCCUACGGACCCUUAGCCAUUCGCAUAGAUUCGCAUGAAGUACGAAGUCGCAUACUAUCGAAAUUUCAGUUCAAGUGCAUUUGCGACUCGUGUGAUGCGGUCAAGCGACGCAACAAGGAGAAUGCCAUCAGUAGCGCCCGACCCGUUCCCGAAGACUACAUUGACAAGGUGAACCUGGUGAUGAAGGAUAAAAGUGCCUCCGGUGAGGUGAAGAUUAACACCGUGAAGGAUUGCAUCCAACAGCUCGUGGCCAGCUACCCGGGGAAGCAGUACAACAACCUGGUGCACAACUAUCAAAACAUGCUGGAAUUUACGUACUUCAAGGGAGCGCAGGAUGCGCUGCGUAGUGCGGCUCACAAAGUUGUUUCGGAUAACUAGAGUUUGAUUGAUUGUCCGUUUAAUUUUUUUUCUUUUUAUGUAAUCCGAUGAAACUUCAUUAUUUAAAGAUUUUAUGUAUGCAUGAUAAUAAACCCAGGUAUAAAUGAUAA